AUGGCUGAUCAAAUAUUUACCAAGUCUGUGAUUCCCUUUAAAAAAGCGGCACUAUACAAAGAGGAAUAUGCACUUUUAAUGGCUAUUAUAUUUUCACAUCCAUGUCUAUCACACUAUGGAAAAGAGUUGUUAUAUGAAGAGUCUGCUAGAUACACGAGAAUGUUACUUGGAUAUCAACAAAAUAAAUGGGGGAUGCUUGAGGGUGCAAGACGGUUGGAUGAGUGUAUUCGUUUAAUUAAUGUAUCAAUCCAAGUAAAUCAAACAUUUCGUGACAUGCAUAUCUACAUGCGGAAUAAAGCUACUCAUAAAUCUCCUGAUAUUCUUGAACGUUUUUGA